UUGUCAACCCUCAGAUCGGCACCGAUGCCUAUGGAGUGUACGUGGCGGCCAACCAAUUUCUAGAGGAUUUUUCCAGCCUUUUGGGGCCCAACAUUUUUGCCAUAUCCAAGGCCCAGCUGACUCAGGCAGAGAACGCCACCAUUCUGCGCGUCGUCGUGCCGGCCUCCCCCACUCCCACCAACCCCUCCUGGACCAUUCUCCCUCAGAAGGUCGCAGCAGAUGGCUCAUAUGACCACUCCCACGGCGGCACCAUGUAUUUCGCCUACACCGGCAGCAUCAACCCCCCCGCACCCAACGAGACCCUACUGUUUCCCAACGUCACUGCUAUGGGCACCUUUGCUGUCACCGACACGAUCGCCCUCGGCACACCAGAUGCAGAAAACCGCGUGGAACCGCACUGCGCCGCGGUGUACACCCCGCCGCACGUCCUCCCGCACGCAGUCACCCAAAGGAAGGACCCAUGCCGGUAG